UUUAACAUCCGGUCAAUUUAUGUUUGCUGGUUGAAGAAUAUUUUGUUUGAUUAACGAGGACAAUGGAUACAGAAUUAGAUGAACAGUUAGAAGGGACUGGAAGCGGAAUUGAAGAUGAUGAUGAAGACUUUCCCACUGAGUGGACUGUAGUUGAUGAUGCUGGUGAUGACAUGCUAUCAUCUUCAGAAGACAGCUCUGUAACCACAAAGAAAGUUGACAGUUCUGACAAAAAGGACAAGUCAUCAAGUAGUAGACACAGCAAAGAAUCUGCAAACAGAAAGAAAGAUGAUGGAAGUUCAAAGUCAAAGAGAGAUGAUGGAAGUUCAAAGUCUAAACGAGAUGAUAAGAGUUCAAGGUCUAAGAAAGAUGAUGGGAGUUUGAAGUCCAAGAGAGAUGAUGGGAGUUCGAAGUCCAAGAAAGAUAGUGGGAGUUCAAGGUCAAACAAAGAUGAUGGGAAUUCAAAGUCCAAGAGAGAUGAAGGAAGGAGGACUGAAAGGUCACAGGCAAGUAAGUCCAAUGGCACCCACAGUCAUAGUAGACAGAAAUCGGUUGACAGAAAAUCAGACUCCAAUUCCAGAAGUAGGAGGCACGAUUCUCGAGAUCGGAGGAGUUCAAGAUCACAAGAUAAAAAAGCUGACUCAAGUUCUAGAGAUAAAAAGCAUGACUCUCAAGAUGAUAAAAUGUCUAAAGAGAGUACAUCACAUUCAACCAGUUCAAAAGUGGCAGAAACCAAUGAUGUUGUUCAGGUUGAUGGCAGCACUAAAGUUAAACUUGAAGAUAACGAGAAAGGUAAAAAUAAAGAGACGUUGAAACCGAAAGAGACUGAAGAAAAAGAUGAACCUUUGCCAAGUGGGUACCCACUGCCAAGCAUAUCUACAGAUUUGGUUUUGUUCACCGGCUACAAGCAAAGUACAAGAUGUCGUCUGGUCACUGGCGGAGCAGAGAAUCCUCCAGAGGUGAUCCCAUACCAUCCUACCAGUAAUACUCCAGGACGAAAAAUGAUCAAAUGGGGCAUGCGUAUUUAUCCCAUAUUUUGGGCAGACCUGACACAGAUAGAAAUGACGAAAGUGUUCAACAUUUGUGCACAUAUUGGCAUAUUUUUCUUUCAGUUUCCAAAGAAUCCCCCUAAACAUGGUGACAUAAGUCUCAUGCUACACCACCCAAAUCAUGUUAAAGAUAUUUUUCUGAAGCUUACGGAGAUGACAAUGACUGCACCAGAAUGCAACAUUUUCGUGAACAGAAGAAAAGAUGAUGGUACUUUUGAGACAGCUGAAGUAAAGUUCCUUCAUAAGAUAAAUCAAGACCUGAAUCCGAUUCCUCGCAAAGACCGAUCUACUGUAGAAGGAAAGGAAGAAAAUAGAACAAUUAAAGUACAGAAUAUUCCCGAAGGGACAUCAAAGGAAAUGGUGCAAGUGAUGUUUCCUUUAUCGGAAGUUGCUGAAAUCACAUUUAGUGGAUCGAGUAGGGGAGAAGUAACAGGGACAACUAUUGUAAAGUUCCGAAAUCCAGGCUUUGUGAAGCAGGUGAUGACUUGUUAUGAACACAUGAAAAUAGGGAGUAACAAACUCACUCUAACCUUUACUGGCAAACUCAUUGAUACUGAGAAGGAUACAGCAAAGAAGGAUACAGCAAAGAAGGAUACAGUAAAGAAGGAUACAGUAAAGAAAGUAACUGGAGAAACAGACACUAAAAAUCCUGUAAAGAAGAGUAGAUUUGACAGCCGAGGUCCGGUUCAUUCUAGUUAUCAUUCCACCAAUAAGAAUUCCAACCGAGGCAACCCGGAGAGGGACAUCAGUCGGUUGAGGCAGCAGAGAUGGGAGAUGGAGCGACGGGCGUUGGUGUUGAAACAACAGAACCUGAUGGUGGUGCAGCAGGUACAGGACAAAGCGAUCCUCGCAACAAACAUGAUGGCGUCUGGUGGAGUGUCAGGUAUUCUUGGACCACCACCUAUACCAAUGAACUUUGUUCUCCCAGCCUUACCAGAGGGUUUAUCUCUCGGAGAAAAACAGCACUUAAUGGUCAUCGAACAACAAAAACUGAAACUGCUCAAACAGAAUAUGCAGAUGCAACAAAUCUCUGACAAUGCACUCAGUCAGAUUCAGCAGCCUCUUAGAAACAAAAGUGAGCUUGACCUGGAAGACGAGUUUGUACGGAGAGUUGAUGGUAACCGUGGUGAUGUGGGUCAGUCGAGACAAGGGAAAGAGGAAAGGGAUGUGUGGCGGGAGGAACGAAACAUGAAUUUGCCUCCAGGGGAUCGGGAAGCAGAUGACAGAGACAGGUUUGAUCACAAAGACCGUCUGUAUUCUGACCAGCAACGGCAGUCUUCUUUUCAAAUGCCCCCAGAACGUGUACAGAAUGCUGAGGAUGUAUAUGGAUUGCAAAGAGAGAAACAAAAUGAAGAACUUGAAUGGGACAGGAUUGAUAGACGUCAGUCUGACCAAGAUGUACUCUAUGAAGAUAGAAUGAGAGAGACAGACAGGUUGAGUCCUAAGUGGACAAAUCGAGACAGAUCUAUGCCACGCCGAGAUUUGCAAGAUCGUGACAUGCCACUUCGAGAUAGGUCGAGUGGAGAUUUUCCAGAUCGUGAUAUGCCACUUAGAGAUAGGUCGAGUGGAGAUUUUCCAGAUCGUGAUAUGCCACUUAGAGAUAGGUCGAGUGGAGAUUUUCCAGAUCGUGAUAUGCCACUUAGAGAUAGGUCAGACAGAGAUUUUUCAGACCAUGAUAUGCCACUUCGAGAUAGGUCAGGCAGAGAUUUUCCAGAUCAUGAUAUGCAACUUCGAGAUAGGUCAGGCAGAGACUUACCAGAUCGAGACCUACCAGUCAUUGAUUAUGUCAGUAGAGAUUCUGAUAGGAUUCAGCAAAGAGGAGUACAAGAGAGUGAUUUUCAACAACAGAUGCAUGAAUUCAGUGAGCCGAGCUAUAGCGGAGUUGAUAAGGGUUCUGCUAUGUAUGGUAAGGUCGAGAACAGACAUGGCGGCGUCUCCCUGAAACGUCGGUUUGAAUCCGAAGAAGCAGUGUCAGCAAAGAGGUUGAUGUCUGGCAGCAGUAGCAGUUCGACUGGCUUCAUUCAAGGUGAUGGUGGGAUUACCAGACAGCCAGGGCUGUUUCAACCUCAACUUCAACCACUGGUGCAAGUCUCGGGGCAAAUGUCUUCUGCCAUGCCAACCUUCCCAGUGCAGCAGCCGCCACCGGCUACCAUGGCAGGCUUUCCAAUGCAAAAGCCGUCUGCAACCAUGGCAACGUUCCCAGUGCAACAGACAUCUGCUACCAUGGCAGCCUUAGUUCAGCAGCAAAUGUCUGCGCCCAUGGUAGCCUUUCCAGUACAGCAGCCGUCUGCUACCAUGGCUACAUUUCCAAUGCAGCAGCCAUCUGCUAGCAGGAGAACCUUUCCAGUGCAGCAGCAGCAGAUGUCUACACCUUUGACAGCCUUUCCAAUUCAGCAGCCACCUGCUGCCAUGGCAACCUUACCAGUACAGCCGUAUCUGGAAAAGAUGCCGAAUACGGAAACACAAAGAGCAUCCAAACCACCCAGACCACCUCAUCAGCUUCUUCAGAAGGAGCAGCAACAGCAGCAGUGGCAAAAAAACCAACAACAACAACAGCAGCAGCAGAAGCCACAACAAAUGUUCAAGCCAACGAAAAAGCAGAAUAAAUACCAACAGCAACAAAAACAGCAGAAAUUGAAACAACAACAGAAAGUGCAGCAGGAGCAACAGGAGCAACAACAGCAGCUGAAACUGCUGCAUCAAUUGAUGCAGAAACAACUGAUUCAGGAAUCGGGAAGAUUUUCACAGCAGUCAAAUAAUAGAUAAGAGACGUGAAAGACUCUAAGAACGGGUGAAACAGAAAGAUCAUGUCACUAAUUUUAUUCAUGUCUUCACAGAGAGACCAGAGUCGUUUCCAGUUUCAGUUUUGAAGCCCUCGACUAUAAAAUACAUUGUAUAUCUAUUAUGAUUCAUGAAAAUGAAACACAACUCUCAUUUUGGCCUGACAGGAAAGUUCAGGAAGACAGGAAAUGGAACAUUUGCCUCCAGAAUGAAUUGGUGUGGAAAUGUGAUGCCCGCUGUGAGAAGAAGGGUUGCGAAACCAAAUGAAGAUUUUAGACAUCUCUGUUUCUGGUUCUCGACUUAUAUAUAUAUUGUCCACGACUUGAUUUUUGUUAAGACUAGCCAUUGGAUGCAACCCUUGAAUGAUUUAUCAUUAUGUGGGCUAAAUCUAAUAGCAAACAACGAGUGGGAAGUAGUGUUUAUGUGAGCUAAGUUCUGACAAUAUGCUUGAAGCCUAAUUGGAUAGAAGCACAAAAAUAAGUAUAAAUGAAUAAAAUGAAGUUAUUUGUUAUUUUUGCAUGUGGUAUGCUACCACUCAUAUAACAUCAGAUUAAGAUGGCAUGAGAUGGAUAUCUCAAAAGGUUUGUGGUCAACCUAUCUUGAUUUUUUGUUUGUAUGGUAUUUUACCAAAUGACCACUUCCUUAUAAAAAUAGUAAUCAUGAAGUCCUCUUUAUAAAAAUAGUAAUCAUGAAGCCCUCUCAUUAUUGCAAUAUUAUUCACAGAAUAUAUACUGACAUAAAAUGUAGUGAAGUGCAUGUUAAAGUGAAUGGUGGUGUGCAACCAGAAGACUGGAUUUCAGUUUAAUAUUUUGUUACACAUUAACACACACACGGUGUGGACAACAAGACUAGACUUCAGUCUAACAUUCUGUCACACAUACACACACCAACAUACACACACACAGUGUGGACAACAAGCCUGGACUUCAGUUUAAUAUUUUGUCACACAUAAACACACAGGCACACACACACACAUAAGGUGUGGACAACGAGACUGGACUUCAGUCUAACAUUCUGUCACACAUACACACACCAACAUACACACACACGGUGUGGACAACAAGCCUGGACUUCAGUUUAAUAUUUUGUCACACAUAAACACGGGCACACACACACACAUAAGGUGUGGACAACAAGACUGGACUUCAGUCUAACAUUCUGUCACACAUACACACACCAACAUACACACACACGGUGUGGACAACAAGCCUGGACUUCAGUUUAAUAUUUUGUCACACAUAAACACACAGGCACACACACACACAUAAGGUGUGGACAACAAGACUGGAUUUCAUUCUUGACAUUUUGUUACACAUACACACACCAACAUACACACGGUGUGGACAACAAGACUGGAUUUCAUUUUUGACAUGUCACACAUACACACACCAACAUACACACACGGUGUGGACAACAAGACUGGAUUUCAUUCUUGACAUUUUGUUACACAUAAACUUUGAGCUAAAUUUACGACGCCUGUUUUUUCUUAAACGCAGGCAUUUAAACAUUGUAAAUGUAUGUAGUUACACAUGUGUAAGACAUAAACAGGUGUUUAAACAUUGUAAAUGUAUAAAGUUGCACAUGUGUAAGACAACAGGUGUUUAAACAUUGUAAAUGUAUAUAGUUACACAUGUGUAAGACAUAAACAGGUGUUUAAACACUGUAAAUGUAUGUAGUUACACAUGUGUAAGACAUAACAGUCUUUGUAAAUUCGGCCCGUUAUGUAUGAAAAAUUACACAUCAUGUAUAUGAAAUUUGAUGGUUUCAGAUUGUAAAUAAAGAAUGUAUCUUGUGAGGAACUGAAUGUUGCUUUUUUUAUGAUCAUUGGUGUAUUUUUGAAAUAUUGUCACUUGGUGAAUUAAACAGUGAAUUUUG